AUGCACGCUAGUCUGGACAAAGACAAGACUCUGCUGCCGGACCUUGACAGACCAUAUGAAGAACCGCGGUCACGUCGGUCCAGCCGACGCGAGAGCUAUGCUUCCUCGUCGCGGUACUCUGCCCAGGCGCCUACGUCGCGACGACGGGGCCGGUACGACUGA